UGCUUUCGUUGCUGCAGGAAAUCAAUGCACGACCUUUCGAUUACGCCUGUCUCGAGAUCUAAACCGUAGUGACGGCUUUUCGUAUGCGACCGAACUGAGAGAAAUCGAAGUGGCGCAGUAAAUCGUAAUUCUUCGCGCCCGACGAGAAUGGUCCGAGAAAUCCGCGUGGCGCAGUAAGUCGUAAUUCUUCGCGCCCGACGGGAAUGGUCCGGCAUGCGCGUCGGUGCAGACUUGUCAAGAUAUUUUUUCUCUCGCGUCUCGAAAUAAUUGCUACAAGAAGAAACCUCCCUUUUAGCAUUUGAUUGCGAGAGAUGUGUUUAGCAUUUGAUUGCGAGAGAUGUGCAGUUUGAGUGUUUGUGGGUUGUAUCCAUUCUAUCGUGCAGAGAGGCGAGAUGCCCGUGCAUGCAACUCCCACCAAUCUGCUCCACUUCACGUCGGGGAUCGGCGUCUCUUACGACUAGUGGGAUGUUUGACCUUUGGACGUAAACAGGGAAAACCCGUGCGUACCAACAGGUGCAGCAGUUGCCUUGUGUGGACUGGUCCUGACUGGAGAAUUCGACUGUAAACCAUAUAAGGGUGUCGGAGUAUUGCGAUAAACCUAUCUGGUGUUUGUUCAAUUAGUUUUACAUAAUUGCAUAGGUCUUGUUGUUCGGUGCACGUGCCCAAGUUAGUGGGCACAUCCAAAUAUGGUUUUGGCAGUCAUUGAUCCUAAUUGACUAUUGCUACAUAGGCUAUACACCAACGCUGUCGGAGUCAGUCGUAUUCUCCGGAACCGUCGUGUCGUGUUAUAGACGGAGCCUAUACCUGCACGUCUUCCUGUGAUUUUCUGCAGUAUUUCACGACUUUGCAUCUCGUUUGCUUGAUUGAUUCUCGGCAAUUUGUGAGCGUUACUUGUACUUGCAAACCCAAUGGAUUUCUUACGACAGACUUACUUCAAACAGGAGUCGCUCGUCGACGAUGUCUUUGUGCAGCCGUUGUCUCCCAGCAGCAGUCUCAUGUAUUCUUCUUGUCCCGACCUGAGGACUCUCUGUGCAGGUGCAGAUGAAGAUGUCGAUGACUAUGUGAAUAACUACGUUCUCGACGAUCUCAAGAAUGUCUUUCCUGAGCGUGAGGAGGCGUCUGUGGACGACGACCUGGAGGUGAUCGAAGCGCUACUGCAAGAGAUCGAGGGUGGAUCACUACCCUUGUAUGGAGACGAACAGGAAGAGGAGACGGAGAUGAAGUACAGUGACUGUGCACAAGCACAAGAGCAGUACACGCAAGUGUACGAGUGGCUGCAGGAGAGGAGCAACCCUCGGACAGUGCCAGAUGUUCAGGAACAAUACCAGCAACAAUACCAGCAGCAAUACCAGCAGCAGUGCCAGGAACAAUACCAGCAGCAAUACCAGCAGCAAAACAGAUUUCGACACCAUCAGCGCAGUUUGAGUGCUAGCUUGCCUGCACACUACACCUCGAGAUCCUUCCAGCAGCAAGUCACUCCUCGCUACGGAUCUUGCUCUGCAGCACCACUACAACAACAAAACUACAUGAACAGACCAAUCGAACGAAGCCCUCUGGCCCAGGAUACCGACCAGUUUGAGUUUACAAAACCAGCACCUGUGCCUAACCAGACCAGCCCUCUUCCAGUCAGGAAGUGUCUUCCUCUGAUGCAACAAAGCAAUCUCGUGAGGUCUGUGAGCUGCAGUGACGUUUACCCUGCCAGAAAUAGUGAGCCCGAGUAUACCACGAGUGUGUCGCCACUGACAUACAUCAGCAGUAACAGCUCUGGUCCCGGAAGCCCACUAUCACAGACUCGAUUUUUGUCAUCGUCUCUGAACAGUGUUGACUCUAAUGGAUCACCCAGUCUAUCUGAAAGUGGUUACGAUUCGCCUGACGAUCGAUACAACUCGGCAAACAGUAUCGAUUCAACCACUGCUCUUGAUCUCAACCAGUUGCCUUGCAUCAGGCUCCACGACGACUGUGCAUCGAAUCCUGUAAUUCAUUCUCUCGGUGUGAUGGACGAUGGCUCUAAACUUAUGGCCAUUCCCAUCAAUCCCAAGACAGGCAAGCCAAAGAGGCGACGAAGGAGAAAGGCACGAAACCAAGUCGUUCCUCCUCCUCUUCUCAACAACCGAUCAAACACGACACUGUGGGAGUUCUUUCUCGAGUUGCUACUGGAUCCAGAUAAUUAUUCACAUCUGAUCACGUGGGUCGACAGGGAAGCCGGAGAGUUCAAAAUCAUCGACUCCGAAGUGGUGUCUGUCAUUUGGGGGUUACUAAAGAACAAGAGCGGGAUGAAGUACGACCACAUGAGUCGAUCCAUUCGUUACUACUAUGGCAAAGGAAUUCUGGACAAAGUCCAUGACAGGCAGCUUGUAUACAAGUUUGGCAUAAACAGCAACUGGAUGACAUACCAGCGCAAAAGUCAAGGCCUCGACAUCAGCCGCAUGCCGACUGCACCCAUCGACGUGUGUGGACGAACCGCCAAACCGAAGCAUUUUGCAGUGGCACGAAUCGCACCGCCUGUACAGAUACAACAACAACUUGUACACCAACACAUUCUCUGGUAACUCUCGAGUGACUAAUAAGACUGAUGUACACAAACUUGUAAUAUAUCUAAUAGAUUAGAAGUUUUAACUGUCUAGAAAUCCAAUUUUUCUUGUACAUUUUCAUUGGAUGUCGGCAAUAAUUUUUUAGUUACUUACGUAACCUGUGCUGGGUGUUGCCCAAUUGCGACUUAAUUAUUUGGUUCAAUAAAUACAGGAACUCGCUCUCUCA